GGGAGUGGGAGGGCAGCCCCUCCCCUGGCGGCGGCGGGCUGGGGAGCCGCCGGAGUUUAAGCACGCGGGAGGGGAGAUGAGAUCGCGGCUCGUGCUCCUUGCAGGUAAAGCGCGGGGCGGCCCGCUGAGGGCCGAGCGCAGCUGCAGGGCGCUCGGAGUUGGGCGCGGGCUCCCGGGCUCUCAGCUGAGCCGCCAGCCCUGCGCUGGGGCCCGGGGGCGGCGCCCGAGCUCUGCACCUCUACUAGAGUUAGCUCCGACACUCGAGCUGCCUCCCGCGGACGCCGCCCCGGGCGGUCUGCGCCUGGGUAGAAGCCGCACCCCGGACAAAGAGCGCGCGAUUUCUAACGAGCGUAAUGCUGGAGCAGGUGGCUGUCGGCCUGCAGAUUUCAAGAUGGUUGAGCUGGAUGCUGACUUGGAUCACAUUGUCCCAUCCGUCCUUCCCCCUUUCUGGGCUAAGACCUCCAGUCAGACACGCCCCUUGGGGACCUGUGGCACCAUGACUUCUGGGGCAGUAAAUUGAGCAGUAACACCAGCCACAAGUCCUACCGGCCACUUACUGUCCUGACUUUCAGGAUUAACUACUACCUGUCCGGAGGCUUUCACCCCGUGGGUUUCCAUGUGGUCAACAUCCUCCUGCAUGGCAGCAUCUCCAUCCUCAUGCUGGAUGUCUUCUCAGUACUGUUUGGUGGCCUACAGUACACCGGUAAAGGCCAGAGGGUACACCUGGCCCCCAGGGCUUCCCUGCUGGCCACGUUGCUGUUUGCUGUCCAUCCAGUGCACACUGAGUGUGUUGCUGGUGUUGUUGGCCGUGCAGACCUCCUGUGUGCCCUGUUCUUCUUGUUGUCUUUCCUUGGCUACUGUCAAGCAUUUAAAGAAAGAAGAACAGCUAAGCACCUUAUUCCAUUGAAGAGGUAACCUGUGUGUUCCUUCACCUUCCCUGGCUUCUCCAGUGCCUAUCAUGUGUACAAGACCUUAUCGCCCUCUAUAACCAUCUAUCGCUGAAGGAAGUCAGGGCAAGAGCUCAAGGCAGGAAGCUGGCGGCAGGAGCAGAAGCAGAGACAGUAGAAGAUAAUAUUCAGCCUGUUUGUUCAUACAAUUCAUGACCACCAGCCCAGGAACAACAGUGCUCACAGUGAGCCCUCCUACAUCAAUCCUCAAUCACGACACGACAACACCCAAAAGCCUUGCCUUCAGACCAAUCUGGUGAAGACUUUCUCUCAGAUAAGACUCCCACUUCCCACAUAUGUUAGGAUUGUGCCAAGUUGCAAAAACCAACCUGCACAAAAGGUAACAAGGAGGGAACACAUUCUUCCACCUUCUGGGUAUUGCUGAGUAUCUUUCUGGGAGCUGUGGCCAUGCUGUGCAAAGAGCAAGGAAUCACUGUGCUGGGCUUGAAUGCUGUGUUCGAUAUCCUGGUGAUAGGCAAACUCGACAUUCUGGCAGCUGUCCGGAAGGUCCUACAUAAGGACAAGUCACAAGAGAAUGCAGGCAUGUUCAAGAAUGGAGGCCUCCUUUUCCGAAUAGCCCUACUUACCAUUGGAGGCACCAGCAUGCUUUAUAUACGCUGGAAAAUCAUGGGAACAGGCCCACCGGCAUUUACUGAGGUGGACAACCCAGCAUCCUUUGCUGACAGCAUGUUGGUUAGGGCCAUAAACUAUAAUUACUACUAUUCAUUGAAUGCCUGGCUGCUGCUGUGUCCCUGGUGGCUGUGUUUUGAUUGGUCAAUGGGCUGCAUCCCCCUCAUUAAGUCAGUUGGUGACUGGAGGGUAAUUGCUCUAGCGGCACUUUGGCUCUGCCUAAUUGGCCUAAUAUUCCAAGCCCUGUGCUCUGAGGAUAGCUGCAAGAGAAGAAUCCUUACUCUGGGUUUGGGAUUUCUUGUGAUCCCCUUUCUUCCUGCAAGCAACUUGUUUUUCCGAGUGGGCUUUGUGGUCGCAGAACGUGUCCUCUACCUUCCCAGCGCUGGGUACUGCGUGCUGCUGACCUUUGGAUUUGGAGCUCUGAGCAGACACACUAAGAAAAAGAAACCUGUUGCCGCCAUCAUCCUGGGCAUCCUUCUCAUCAAUGCACUGAGAUGUGUGAUACGCAGUGGUGAGUGGCGGAGUGAAGAGCAGCUCUUUCGAAGCGCCCUGUCUGUGUGUCCCCUCAAUGCUAAGGUUCACUACAACAUUGGCAAAAACCUGGCUGAUCAAGGCAACCAAACAGCGGCCAUCAAAUAUUACCGGGAAGCAGUCAGACUAAAUCCCAAGUACGUUCAUGCCAUGAAUAACCUCGGGAAUAUCUUAAAAGAAAGGAAUGAGCUACAGGAAGCUGAAGAGCUGCUGUCGUUGGCUGUCCAAAUACAGCCAGACUUUGCAGCCGCAUGGAUGAAUUUGGGCAUAGUUCAGAACAGCCUGAAACGGUUUGAGGAAGCAGAGCAGAGCUACCGGACAGCGAUUAAACACAGGAGGAAAUACCCAGACUGCUACUACAACCUCGGGCGGCUGUAUGCAGAUCUAAAUCGCCACGUGGAUGCAUUGAACGCUUGGAGAAAUGCCACCGUACUGAAGCCGGAGCACAGCCUGGCGUGGAACAACAUGAUCAUACUUCUGGAUAACACAGGUAACUUAGCCCAGGCUGAAGCUGUUGGAAGAGAGGCCCUGCAAUUAAUACCUAAUGAUCACUCCCUUAUGUUCUCAUUGGCAAACGUGCUGGGGAAAUCCCAGAAAUACAAGGAGUCUGAAGCUUUAUUCCUCAAGGCAAUUAAAGCAAAUCCAAAUGUUGCAAGUUACCAUGGUAAUUUGGCUGUGCUUUAUCAUCGCUGGGGACAUCUUGACUCUGCCAAGAAACACUAUGAGAUCUCCUUGCAGCUUGACCCUGUGGCAGUAGGCACCAAGGAGAAUUACAGUCUUCUGAGAAGAAAGCUAGAACAAACGCAGAAGAAAGAUGUCUGAUCUUCCCCCUAAUGUUUUGAGUUUGUGAGUGUGUGCAUGAAGCCUCUGUUCAGAUUGUGUGUUUAGUCAUUUAAAAGUCUCAGACAUUUAUUUUAUUCUAUUGUUAUUUUUUUCCUAUGAAAACAAACACAUGCAAAAAGAUUAUAGCACCAGCAAUACACUCUUGAAUGCUUGAUAGGAUUUUUGCAUUGAAAUUGUAUUUUUUCACACAACUCAAAUGUAAUUCUAAAAUCUCAAAAAAAAAGAAACCUUUUUUUAAAAACUAAACAGAAAAAAAUAUUAUUUUGAGUGAAUUUUGAUUGUGUUAAACUGCAUUUGGGAUGUGAUGGAGUGACUUAGACAUGCCUCCUACAAUUUACAUAGCCAUCUACCGUUAUCUGUAUAUUAGCUUGUUUAUUUAAUGACAAGAAAGAGUAAAUCAGGUUUGGGUUUUUUUUUAAGUCUCUUUGCAACAGUGUAACUUGAAGUUUGUAAGAAAAUUAUUUAUUCACAUUUUUGUGUUGAACAGGAUAAAUAAUUGAAGAAGGGAAAAUUUUAAUGUCUAUAUAUUUAUCUAUAUAUUUUUUUCAUAGGAAGUUAUGGACUCCCAUGCUUUUUUGAUAUGUAUAUGUAUUCUCCAAUGUGUGUGAUGUUAGUAUGCAGGAUAAUAUUCCACUGUUAAUAGAGUACCCCUGACGUACUUUAGGCAACCUAACAUCCUGGUCUCUGUUCUGUCCACUGUUCAGAGGGCUACCUGUGUGUAUAUGCUGUGUUUUCAUGUUUUAGUUGUAAAGUGGGUUUCCAUCUCACAUGAUAAAAUCACAGACAUUACUCUAUCCAGAAAAUGCAAAAAGGUUCUCUUUCAAAAGAAGUCAUAGCUCUGGAUUGUGUGCUGUUCUUAUAAACUGGGUUUGUUUUUCCUUUUCACAUUAGAUCUCAACAAUUUGUUUACUUAGUUUGUUCUUUAUAUACUGUUGACCUAAUAAUUUAUGCCAUCGCUGUCAUUUCUUAUGCAGUAAAAUUAUCACACAAACUGUCAUGAAAA